AUGGAUUUCCGUAAAUACCAUGACCGAGACGAGUAUCCAUACGAAUCACGUCGAACAUCGGACCAUGAUCGUCAUCGACAGGAACGAAGAAGCGAUGAUUACCAUCACACCUCUGCCAGAAUGCGUAACAGAGAAGGCCAACACGAUUAUCAAGACGAGUUCGAUGUGCCAGCUAGCCAACCUGAGAAAACAGAUUAUGUUCAAUCAUGGCUGCAGCGGUCACAAGCGAAUCGCGCCCGCCCGCCAGAACCGAUUCCGGGAGACAAACCACGAAAGAUUUCGCCGCGAGUGCACAUGGUCAAACAGGCUAGUCAAAAGAAAAAGAGAACACGAUCAGAGUCGCCCGAGCCAGCACGCCCAAGGGAGACCCAUAGCCCAGUUGCUCUUCGAUUUGAAAAGAGGUCUCGACACAAAACAAGGCAUGACAAAUACGACUACAAGCCUGAAGUAGACCGCAACAAGAGACGGGCUAAGAGUAAAGAACAUCGCCGUGAUGACAGUUAUGGGUCCUUGGAGGAUGUUCAAAGACACAAGCGAAGUGAAUAUCAACAUAUGCAACGGUCGAAUGAUCAUGUCCAACGAACCGAACCCGGCCCUUCCCGACAUCGGAGCUCUAAAGCAAAGGAGAUCGAAGCUUUAUCAAGACGCCCUGACCAUAGAUCAAGAGCGGCGGAGCCGAGACCAAGAAGCCGAAAGCAGCAGGUGGAAGAUAAGGAAUUGGAGGAGCUGUCUGCGUUCUUUACGCGGAGAGCUGGCGGUGAAAGAGCCGAAGCUGAAAAAAUACGCCACCGAGCUCGUCGAGAACAACGCCAUGACACUGCUGCUGCCAGACAUCCUGCUUCAGAUGUCCGCCAACAACGAACACAAGAUUCACCCACCACUUCGCUCCAUCCUAGUAGAAGCAUCGCCUCUACCAGACAACCUUCGCCCACGUCUCUCCAGCCGAACACUCAUGUCUCCUCGUGUGCUGAUGAUCCAAGAAAUAUCCUGCCAACCCGUCCGAGUAGCAGAUCAACCACGUACUUCACAUGGUCAAUAAGUGACAGGGGUCCAAAUGCUAGGGCGCCAGUAUCCAACGAUUCCACAUCGGAGAGACCACAGAGGAGUAUUCAAAGCUCUGCUAGGAAAGUGGUCCUUCAGGAGCGGAAAAUAAAGAGCCCUAACGUGGUUUUGGAGGAUUUAAAGAUCAGGCCAACUUCGAGAGCAAAGCAUCGUCCACGGAAACGAGUAGUGUACAGGGAUGCUCAGGUCCAAACAUCUUUUGAUGCAGAAACAGGUCAAAAUCGCCAACACGCAAAAAAGGCAACUCCCCAGUAUCGAGAUUCUGCAGUCAUGACAGCAGAUGAUAACAGCAACCUCAAAGAACGUGUCUCCAUGCUGGCUGUAGAAUCAUUGACGGAUAUGAAUAAGAGGCCUGUGGAUGAGCAGCAUUCAUCCGAUGCUACAGCAGCAAGACAGAUAGGUGCACAACCUCAGUCACAGUCCCAGCCUCAACCACAAGCUUGGGUUACCUACAGUGCUGAGGAUAGACUCAUUCCUCAGCCGCUUAUAGCAGCGAGUAACUUGCCUGUCCAAGGAGGCUGGCAAGCAUAUCAAGGACCUUCUGCUGGACAAGAGGUCGGUCGUUAUAUGCGACUCCUUCCACCCUCAAGAAUUCAGGCUCUAAUGCCUUCUCAUCGAUUAACCCCUUUGCGCCCUGGCAUCCUUCAUGCCCUUCAACUCGGCCUUUUCAUAUUCCUACGCAGGGGCCACCUCGUGAAAGUAUGGAAGACUACAUCAACAGGAUUGAACAAGAAGCCUUGCAGGAUUCCACCAACAAUGAAGAGAUGGAUCAAUUACAGCCCCAUCGUCCCGAAUUGA